GGUUGACAGGGUGAAGGAGGGUGGUUUGGUUGGCGCUCCUGCAGGGGUGGAAGUGGAAGUGUCGUGAAAUAUGAGAGACAUCACGCAGGAGAAAACGGGAUUCUGUUCAGGUUGAUUCGAUGAAAGAAUAUGGGACUGGUUUUCGAAAAAGAGAAAGCGGGAAGCGAGGAGACCAACAGCGAAGGAAAUACGAAGGGGGAUAAGAAGAAACGACGAGGAAGGGGAAGAGAGAAAGAUGAAGGAAUAUCGGAGGAAAAGGGCGAAGAAAAUGGCGAAAGGAAGGAGGCAAAAGGAAGUGAAAGACGGAAAAAAAGGCAUUCCAUAUGGUUUGGCUCUUCUUUCGCGAAAGUGGACAAGGUGACAGCUGAUGAUUUAAUAGGGAGAGGGGAAGAAGGCGAUGAUACUUUCUGCGAAGGGAGAGGAAGAAGAAUAAGGUUGCGGGAAAGAAGAGGGGGAGGAGGAAAAGAAGAGAAACGAGAAAAGGGAAAGAGAAAACGACAGAAAGAAAGAAGAGUAGGAAACCAAGACGACAGAGAUUCACCUCGCGAUUUCUGCCCUUCCCUUCCCGACCGCCAGGACGACCUGGACGACUUCCUGAAGGCGCGCGAGAGGAAAUCCAGCUGUCAGGCCGCCAGAUCGAGUGUCCCAACCGGCGAAAUCCUUCACUUCCCCCCCGGCCCAAUCCUGCCCUACCGGCUCCGCCCGCGACAGGCCUCCCCCGACAGGAAGGUCCCCCUCCAGCCUCCGAAGCCGGCUUCCCUCGAGAACAAGCUUCGUCAGCAUCACCCCCGCCGAAGGACGUCCCUGGAAACCAUAGAAGAGGAUCCCUUGACCUUCGUCUUCCGCGAGUCGAGGAUGAGGUCGUAUCCUCACGAGGCCGACCUGACCUGCUGCGUCGGAGAGGCCGGCCAGCCACCGGGCUUCCUCCUCACCCGAAGCGUUACCUUUUCUGAUCUUACAUGGCCGGGAGGAGAGGGAGAUGGCCCUGGCAGCGGCUCAGGGAAUGGUAAAGGCAGUAUGGAAGAAGCAGGGAAUGUCAGCGUAGCUAAUGAAGGAGGGACUAGAAAGAGGUGUAUCUUGGUAACGCCGAAUUUGAAAAUGAUUUUGACGACGUGACAGAGACUGCUGACGAUGCCAACGUUCAUAUCGAGGGAGAAGGAAGGGACCACUCGUCUUACGGCAUGACAGUGUCCGUGUAUGGUGUCUGCGACGUCCACCGCGGCCCCUUAUUCGCUAGACUCCACGACGUCACGCGAGACGAGGUUCCCGAAGUCCUACAGGCGAGUCUCGAGGAGGUCUCCGUAGGAUGGCAGGAGGAUGAUACCUACGGGAUGCUGGCAGAUCUGUUCCGAGAGGAGGAUGAGGACAGGGGAAUAGACAGAACGGAGAAGGAAAUAGGUGAUGAGGAGGGAGGGAAGAGCGACUGUAGAGAAAAAGGAUCGUGGAAACGAGAGGAUAAUGAGGUAAACGACAGGGGAGGAACGGAAUACAUGCGCGAGGGGAAAGUACAAGAAACUGCGAGUAUUGAAAAUCGACUCGAAAUGGAAGGCGAUGAUGAAAAUGAAACAGGAGAUGAAGGAGAAAGCGAGAGAACAGAAUGCGAAGCCAAAGGAAAGAGAAAAGAAAACGGCGAGGGGGAGAGCCUGCCCCCGAUCCCUCAGUUGUCGUUCCACAUUUAUAUCCAGCAGCAAAAAUCUGUGUCCGACGGCGAGUAUCCUUCCGAGGAGAGAGGCCCGGGGGAGCGCGAUCGUCAAGAAGCCGAGUCGACGAACGAAGAAUCCUCAAAAAGCGAGGACGAAAAUCAUGAGACUCCCUCUGAAGCCGGGGGAAAUGAAGCUCGAGAAAGGCCUAAUGAAGCCCCGACGUGGCUGAGACAGCAGUAUCGGAUGAAUCUCAUGGGGGGUAAGAUCCCAGAGCACAGAAAUGUUCCAGAUUUGUCAUCCGCCGCCCUAGUGAGCACGCCGCCCCCGACGCCCACGUGCAACUCCUGUAAUGAGCACACGCCCGUGUUUUAG